UCAGCAAAGACAGACAUUCUGUCACUGACUAGAAGCACAAUCUGCUGAGUGCUGCUCGGCACCCCACUAACUCUUUUGCAAAGUGCAGGUGUGAGCUCCCAGUGUGGCUGGCAAUGGCUGAAGAAGAUCCAGAGGGCCCCGGAAGCCCAAUCUCUCUCUCUUUUUCAGGUAGUGGGUUUCUUAUAAACUACCAAGUAGGAGUGGUGCAGGCUUUAUGGGAAUUGGCACCUGAAAUACUGAGAUCAGCAUCCAAGGUCUACGGAGCAUCGUGUGGGUCAGUUGUAGCUGCAUUAGUGGCAUGUGAAGUUGAUGUAGGUCUGAUAGAAGAAUUUUUUCAUGAAGCUAUGGAAGAAGUCAGGAAAGCGAGUAUUCUCACCCUUUGUCCAGGUUACUGUAUGCUUCGGAUCAUAGAGAAGGGGCUGCGUAAAGAGCUGCCGGAGAACUCACACCAGCUGGCUUCGGGGAAGCUUUGCAUUUCCCUCACGCGCUUGUUGGACUUACAGAACGUCAUCAUUUCAGAGUACAGAUCGAAGGAGGAGCUCAUACAGGCAGUGAUCUGUAGCUGCUUCCUUCCUAUCUAUUGUGGAUUCAACCCUCCCUCCUUCCAAGGCGUGCGCUACGUUGAUGGAGGUAUGACUAACGUGCAGCCUGGCUUGGACUCGGAUACCGUGAUCACGGUAUCCCCUUACACAGGAGAGGUCGACAUCUGCCCGAGGGACUGCCCUGCCUAUUUCAACUGCAUUAGCUUCUUCCAAAGCACCUUCCAGCUCUCAGUUGAGAACUUGCGCAGGUUUAGUUAUAGUAUUUUCCCACCCAGUCCUCCGGUGCUCCGUGAGUUUUAUUUACAAGGAUAUCACGAUGCCAUUUUCUUCUUACAGAGGCACAGGGAGAACGGGACAGUAAAUGGAACGGACAAGAAAAUACCGCAGCAGACGCCUGUGCGCUGUGACAAAGCGGUAGCUUUGCCUGCCCCGAAGAGCCAGGAGACGCCUGGAUCCUUGGGCUCGGCUGCUGAGAUCACAUCACAGCAUCUUGUGCCAUGCAAACUUCACAUGGACACGUCACUUCCUCUCAGUGACAGGUAACUACUGACGAGGGCUGUUCUGGAAAAUCUAAACCAGGGUGACUUCUUAUUAAAAGCCUUCAAAAGUGAUGGACCAAGUGAAG